AGAGAAGUAGAGAACACACCCUAAUUGUGUGACUUUCACUCCAAGCCAUUAAUGACUCAUUUCAGAAGCUCCUUGGUUUAAGUUCCUGCAUUUACAAGCCCUUCUUUUUUGGAUUUUCUCUCUCUAAUCUUGAUCGCCUGCCAUAACCGUGAAGCUGAAGAAAAUCAAUUGAUGGACAACAAAAAUGUCGUCGUUUGCGAUAAUGGCACCGGGUAUGUUAAGUGUGGCUUUGCUGGAGAGAAUUUUCCCACUUCGGUUUUUCCUUGUGUGGUAGGAAAGCCUAUGCUACGGUAUGACGAAUCAUUGAUGGACCAAGAACUGAAGGACACUCUUGUUGGAGAAGCUUGUGCACAAUUUCGAAACCAACUAGAUAUUUCUUAUCCUGUCAAUAAUGGUAUCAUUCAAAAUUGGGAUGACAUGUGUCAUGUAUGGGACCAUGCCUUUUUCAGUGAGCUCAAGGUAGAUCCUACAGAAUGUAAAAUCUUACUGACAGACCCCCCACUUAAUCCAUCAAAAAAUCGUGAACAAAUGGUUGAGACAAUGUUUGAGAGAUACAACUUUUCUGGUGUCUUUAUCCAAAUCCAAGCGGUCCUAACUCUGUAUGCUCAAGGUUUGCUCACGGGGUUAGUCAUUGAUUCUGGUGAUGGUGUCACCCAUGUGGUUCCUGUUGUUGAUGGUUACUCUUUUCCACAUCUUACAAAGCGAAUGAAUGUGGCAGGCAGGCAUAUAACAUCUUACCUUGUGGAUUUACUCACACGGAGAGGGUACGCCAUGAAUAAAGCUGCUGAUUUUGAAACAGUCAGACAAAUCAAAGAAAAGCUGUGUUACGUAAGCUAUGAUUACAAACGAGAGUAUCAGUUGGGACUUGAGACCACCAUUUUAAUGAAGAAGUACACUCUUCCUGAUGGAAGGGUUAUUAAAGUUGGCACCGAGCGUUUCCAGGCUCCUGAAGCACUUUUCACUCCGGUAAGCAGCCGUUGUUUUGCAUUCUGUAUGCACUUUCAAAUUUUUCCAAAAAGAAAGUUUGACCAUAAUCCACCUUGAGUUGCACACGCUUGC